AUGCUGCCAGAUGCACCGGUCAAUUCGACUUUCCGUUGGCUCUUGACAUCCACAUUUGCGCAAGGGGGCCAAUAUCGUUUGUGCUGGUGUGCUGAUGGCCAGGUGUGUUCAACCAUGGAGCACUUCACAGUUGAUGUGGGUGCCUUCUCUCUUCUGGGGCCUAUGCCGAUCCAGCAAGCAUUCACGUGCGUGGCUGGCCGUGAGUGUAACAUCGACCCCAUCACGGGCUUUCACUUGGACGAGAACUGGUUGUGUUGGAGACCUGUGUGGCCCUGGCUUCUGGCGGUGCAGCCACCUGGGUACCGCCUGUGCUGGUGCGCAGACCUCGUCAUGAAACCGAUCAACGAGUCAAACCACACUUCAAGAGGCUGCGGCAUCUUUUCAGACUAUACUUACGACAUCGGCAGCCUCAGCAUACUUGGGCCCAUGCCACCUGUGCAGAGCCGGACAUGUGUUAGUGGCCACAACUGCCAGCUUGAUGGCUUCACUGGGCACGGCCUCAGCAACCUGGACAAACUUCUAGUUUUGGACACUUGCGGUGAACCCACCGCCAUGGUGCCAAGAUGGAGCUUGGCCGGUGGCAGUGUCGAGACGACCAGCAAUGGCACAGCUGUCUCAUGGCAAGCCAUCGUGAGUGCUGCUGGUGGACAGUACCGCUUGUGCUGGUGUGCGGCCAUGCCCGUCAAUGAAACACUCGCAGGCCAGUUUUGCACACAUGCUGGCGAUUUUUACCGUGGACAUGGGUGCCAUGUGGCUCCUUGGUCCGAUGCCGUUGUUGCAAGACCGGACGUGCAUCAGCGGGCAGACUUGCUCAUCAAGCGGCAUGGUGGCUACGACAGGGGGUGGGAUUCUUGGAAAGGUUUCCCGCGGGUGGACUCAGUGGUGAGGUACGGGAGUUUAGGGCGGACCUUGGACCUGCGCCCUUCACGCAGCAUCAGACGUGAGUCGGGGCACCUCUGCCGCCUCUCCGCUGGCAUCGAGCAUGCGAACAGCAGUGACAGCGUUGGGCUGCGCUACGAGGUGUUGGCAAUGGACACUUGCGGUGGAGUCUCCGUUCCUGGAGGCUUUCCGCUGCAGUGGAGCAGUAACAGCAGCUGGAAUGCAACAGCUCGAAGUCUCCUGAGUGCAUCGAUGCAGGAGCUCACAACAGCUCCUGGCGGCACAUAUCGCCUUUGCUGGUGCGGCAUACCUGAAACCGCCUCAGGCUGUAGAUUGCCGGCAGACUUCCGGGUUCAUGUCGGAGAGUUGACUCUGAUUGGUCCUCGGCCUAGCUCCCACACAUGCAUCAGCGGUCGCCUUUGCAGUCUUGAAGACCUGCAGGGUUUGCACCUCAGUGGCUCCAAUAUGUACAUGGUCUUGGACACAUGUGGUGAAGCUGUGUGGGCUUGGCCCGAGGGUUAUGCUGGAUUGGUCCAACCUGGCAUCGCAAUCCCGGAGGAGACCGCCACAUUGGCUGGGCAGUGCCAGCUUUGUUGGUGUGCCAGUUUGGACGUCGUGCAUGCGAACGGGACUGAGAAUCCCAACGCGAGCUUCCCAUGCCGACGAGCAGAGGACUGCGCCUCUUCCUCUGGCACGUUCACCAUCCUUGGUCGGCGUCCUGUCCAUCAGCUGGGGCACCGCAGCCCUUUGCUGGUCAGCGAUGCAUCCCGUUUCGUCUCCACAGCGGGCAGCCUGUACUUGCGAGGCCCUGCACCCCUGCAGCAGCCGUUCACAUGCCUUGCAGGUCAAAGAUGCUCCUUGGAGAAUUUGUCCGGCUGUGGCAUGUCUGACGCUGGAGUCUUGCUUGUCAUGGAUACUUGUGGAAUCGCUUCCACGACGUUGCAGUUUGCACCGGGCGGGCCGGAGGGCCUUCUCAGUGACUAUGUCCUUCUCACAGAUGCAAGCUAUCGGCUCUGUUGGUUUGCGCUUCUUGGGAGCUCUAAUAGCUCUGGUUGUGACUUGCCUGCGUCUUUCUUGACUGAUGCUGGCACUAUGCACAUUAUUGGUCCAGCGCCAUUGCAGCAACAGUACACCUGCGUCAGUGGCCAGACCUGCACACUGUAG